AUGGUGAUCAAAAGCGAGGCCGUUUCCUCUUCUCAUGGAAGAAAGUUGAGGAGUAGGACGACCAAUCGGUUGUCUCCACGAACUUUUGGCUCUGAACACGUGGCUGGAGGAGAGUGUCCUUUCUUCGGGUGGAGAUCCCGCGGAGGUGAUCUUAAUGCUUCAAGAGAAACUUCUUCAGGUAAGGCCAAGAUUCUUGCUCUCGUUGCUUCUUUGUUUCAUCAUCUGGGAGCUCGAUUUCCGGAGGAGGAUACGUCCUCAAUCAAGGAGGAAGCCAAGGAGUUGUCCCGACAGUUGUCUGAGGAGAAAAAUAGGAGAAUCGCUCAAGGGAUGGAGUUGCGUGACCUUCAGGCCAAGAUCAAGGCGAUUGAAGGGGCGGUGGAGACCUCUUCCUCAGAAGCUUUAGCGCUAGGCCGCAGGAAUCAGGAGCACGAAGAGGCUUUGGAGAAGCUAAGAACCGAGAUAAAGGCCUCGGAGGACGUGAAAGUGAUGGCCGUGAAUGGGGAAAAAAUCACCUCCUGA